UACGCCCUCUCUAUUUAAGAUCAACGUAUCUAUCUAGCUUUCUGGCUAUCUAGCUAAUAGAUAUGAGGAUUCGCAAGAACGGCAAGUUCUCCCCUCUCACGUUCUCGCAUGGAGUCCAGCAGCCAUACAUGUGCCUCCUAAACCAGUCGCCAUGGGAUGCGAUUCCCUUUUCUCAAGAAAAUUUUCAAUCUGCAAUCCACCAGUUCGAAAGAGAUAACAGUUUUGAUGGGAAUGGGAGCUUUCUUGACUCUGUUCAGGCUGUUAAGAGAGAAAAUGAGGCAGCAGUAAAGAUGAAGGUCGACAAUAGUGAGACAGAAAAAAACCAAGGUAAAGAAAAAGUGUUGGAAGAUAGGGAAGAAAUGGAAGUAAAGAAAGAAUUCAAAUUGAAACUCAAUGAAGGAGAAAAUACCUUCUGCAACAAGAACAAGCCCAAACAGGCUCACUCCAUGUAUAACCAUCACUUAACCUCUGUCAAGUCUAGCACAAGCAAGGUCAAAUUUAGUGAUUCUGGUUGUCCUGAUCUUAAUAAUACCCCUCUCAAGAAAAGCAAAACUGUUCUAGAUCUAGGCCGAUCAAGGGCAGCGAAGAGAGGACGGUCUUCAAGUUCAUAUAGGCAUGAAUUUUACUAUUAUUCAGGAUUUGGACCGCUGUGGGGCAAGAAAAAAGAUAGAGGAGAAGGAAAUAAGAGUAAGGGCAAAGCUAGUGAGAUUAGUUAGUGCUAAAUUAAUAUUAUUGCUGCCCACAGCUUAGCAGCACUUAAAGUAAGACAAUGUCAUCUACAAGCUGAUCUCCAGCUGAGAUUAAUCAUGAGAAGAAUGGUACAUGUUGAUGGAGAUCGAUGAGUUUGUUUUCUUGUGUGAAAGAAAUGGAGACCGAAUGGCGCAAAAGAGAUGACGAUGGAGGAUUUUGUUUCUCGUUUAAUCUUCAACUAGUAGAAUGUAUGCUCUCUUCCUUCGUUGUCUUUGCAUUUUCAGUACACAUUUGUCUGUGUAUGUUUGUUAGACCUCUCAAUUUGAAUUGACAAAUCUCAGUAAAAAAAUCAUGUAAAGAAAAGUAGACAACUUUUUUAAGGCAAAAGCUGAGUGGAUAAUUAGCUUCCUAUUCAUCCUUUCAACAGGAAGUGAGUUCAU